AUGGACGAGGAUAUCGUCGACCUCACCGCGUCCCCCGCAGCGGCACCCUCGCCCAAAGCCGGAGGCAGCGCCCAGAGCUGCGAGGCUGUGGACCUCUUGAGCCCGGAGCCCCUCCGCGACCUCCUGGGCGGCCCGCCGACAGAUCCCGCCAAGCUGCCAUCUCAACAAGACAGUGAAGCCGGCCAUGCGCUGCUGGACGCCCCGGACCGCCACAGAGACGAAAUCCCCGUCGCGGCCGACCUCCGCGGUCGGGGGGCCAGCAGGGGCCCGUUGCUCCCACCGGUGGACAAUAGCGACCUUCCGCCUGAUUCUCCUACUCCUGAUUUCGUGCGGGGAAUGAUUCCGGACGGGGAUGCGGUGGACUUGGAGGAUUUUGUGUCGCAGAGGCUGGCGGCGGGCGGGAGCAGCGAUCGGGCCGAGGUGCCUGGAAGGGGAGUUGGGAGCCUGUGCUGCUGGGAGGGGCAGUCUGUUUCGAUUGAUAUUGAUGUUAAUGUUGAUGCGGAUGUGGGGGAGGGUGGCCGGAUGGAGAUGGACGGGCCGCUGAUGAAGAAGAGGAGGGUGGGUGGUGGUGGGGAGGGGGGAGACGAGGGGGUGAUGGAGGAGAAGGCGAGGAGGAGGGAGAAGGAGGAGGAGAAGAGGAGGAGAAGGGAGGAGAAGGAGGAGGAGAAGAGACGGGUCAGGGAGGAGAAGGAGGCGGAGAGGCUGAGGGCGAAGGAGCAAAAGGAGAGGAUCAGGCAGCAGCAAAAGGAAGAGAAGUUGCAUGAGAGACAACAGGAGAAAGAACGCAAGGCCCAGGAGCGUGAGGAUGCUCGAAGGUGUCGCGGCAGCCACGCCCUGAAAGAAAUUUGUGUCCAGAUCAGCACCUCCCUUGCAAAGUGUGAGCUCGGAAUCGAGAUUUUCAGGCAGCUGCAACUGCAAGAGCUUAACUACGACGUUGUGCAACUGCCCCUGAAGCACAGGUGGUGCAUUUCCUGGCAGCGCAGAAGGCUGGCAACAAAGGCAAGCCAGCCAGGAGUGUCAGUACCGAUCGGCUCACAAGUUGACAUGCACUCACAGGCCUUGCCAGGCCCUAACCAGGGCACAUGCACAGAGGUAGUCGAGAAUUUGCCGUACACGAUGGUGGCUUUCAUGGCGGAGGAUUUUGUCAAUGAAGUACUUGACGAUGGCCUGUGCAGCUUGUUCUGCGAAGUGGCAAGUGUCCAUUGCAAUUGUACGCUGGGCCUAAUGGUGGUUGGCUUGGAAGCAUAUCUUCAGCGGCUUGAGAAACAGUCUUCCAAGAAGAGAGCACCAGGGGGAGGCCGGAAGCCUAUAGACGAUUUUCUCAUCCGUCUGACGACCCACCAUCCGGGUGUGCGCUACAAAUUGGUAGCGGACACGCUGCAGGGUGCACAGCACGUCGCCUGCCUGUCUGUCUGCCUUGCCAGGCAGCCAUACUAUCGCACAGGCCGUUUCCUGGGGAGCUCUGGUGGCAGCAAAGGGGUCAACACUGUCAGCGAAAUUGAGGCAGCAGUGCAUGACGCCCCGCAGCACAGCGCAGCUUUUGCAAUGCUGCUGCACGCCAUCCCAGGAGUUGGACCAAGGGAUGCCCAAGCAGUGGCCUUGGAGCACCCAACUUUUCGGGAGCUGAUGGGUGCAUAUGAUGACAGCAAUCGGAGCGCCGCUGAGAAACGGGGACUACUGUCAAACUUGCUCCAGCCACCAGCCAAAAAACGGCGUGUGGGCCCUGCUGUUUCGACCAGAAUACACCGGCUCUUUACUGCAGAUGAUCCAGAGACUGUUUUGGAGGACUGA